AUGUCCACUGCAGUCGACGAGAAGCACAGCGCAUCAUCCAGCUCGUCUGCCAACAAUGUCCCAGCUGGCAAGAAUCCCAAUGCUAUGACCUAUGACGAGAGGCGGCGAGCAGCCCUGCGCGAGGUUGAUGAAGCCAAGUUUUCACGGUUUCACGUAAAGGCAUGCCUAGUUGCUGGUGUUGGUUUCUUCACCGAUGCAUAUGAUAUUUUCGCCAUCAACAUUGCGGCAACUAUGUUGGGCUUUGUCUACGGCAAGGGAGGUGCCCUCAACGCCAACCAGGACCUCGGUGUCAAGGUUGCCACUCCUGUCGGCACACUGGUUGGUCAGCUUUUAUUUGGUUGGCUCGCAGAUGUUGUCGGUCGUAAGAAAAUGUAUGGUGUCGAGUUGAUGAUCAGCUUUGUCCGGCUCUGGCCUGCGGUCGGUAUUGUCGGUGCAAUUAUCGUCUGGCGUUUCAUCAUGGGUGUCGGUAUUGGUGGUGACUAUCCGCUCUCUGCAGUUAUUACCUCCGAGUUUGCUGCUACUCGUAUUCGUGGCCGUAUGAUGACCGCUGUCUUUGCUAUGCAGGGUUUCGGUAAUUUUACCGCUGCUCUUGUCGCACUUAUUGUCACCGAGGCAUACAAAUCCAGUAUCAUCAAUGGACCUGCAGACCUCCACAAGAUUGACUACUGCUGGCGCAUUCUCAUUGGCCUUGGUGCUGUUCCCGGCUGCGCUGCCAACGACGUCAGCAUCGUUGUGACCAACGCCAAAUACAAGCACGAUCCCGAUGCAGUUAUCGAGCGUGUUCAGGCUCCCAAGGCUUCAUGGGCUGAUUUCAGUCCUAUUGGUGCUGCCUAUGCUUGGUUCGCGCUCGAUGUUGCAUUUUAUGGUCUUGGGCUUAAUUCAUCGAUUGUGCUCACUGCCAUCGGCUUUGGUAACAGUACCAAUGGUAACAAGCAAGUUGGUGCCUACGAGACCUUACACAACGUCUCUGUUGGUAACUUGAUCUUGUCUGCUGGUGGACUCAUUCCUGGAUACUGGGUCACCUUCUUGUUUGUUGAUUCCUGGGGCCGCAAGCCUAUUCAACUUUUGGGCUUCACUAUGCUUACCAUCAUCUUCAUUUGCAUGGGUUUCGGCUACGACAAGAUGAUCCACACCACCAGCGCCGCCAAGAAGGCAUUUGUGUUCCUAUACUGCUUUGCCAACUUCUUCCAAAACUUUGGUCCCAAUACCACUACCUUCAUUGUCCCCGGCGAGGCCUUCCCCACUCGCUACCGCUCCACCGCGCAUGGUAUCUCAGCCGCUUCUGGGAAGCUUGGCGCUAUUAUCGCCCAAGUCGGUUUCGCUCGGCUUAGGGAUAUUGGUGGCAAGAACGCAUUCAUCAAGCAUAUCCUUGAGAUUUUUGCCUUGUUCAUGUUGACUGGUCUAUUCGCGACAUUCCUCAUCCCCGAGACCAAGGGUCGUACCCUCGAAGAUCUUUCCAACGAGUCACAAGAUGGAUUCGUCUCAGGAGGCGCUGGUCCUCUGGAGCUUCGGGACGGCGUUGUGGUCGAUCCUCGCACCGAUCGCCCAGUUGGUGUUGUACAACCUGUACAGGGAGCUAACGCUCAAUACUAG